AUGGCGGACUAUCCCUCUAAUACCCCGGACUUGAGCUCCGUGCUUCAGACGCUAUCUACACUGGCUUCUCAGAAUAAUCAAUCUCAAUCUCAAUCCCAAGCACCUGAAUGGAGCCACUCAAAUUCCUCUGCUCAAUCAAAGCCACACAUUGACUCUAACAUUCCUGCACCUCGCACUACAUCCCAGAGCGUACCACGUCGUCAUCCCAGCUCAUCCUCAAAACCAGCAAGUACACCCACUGUGGAUCCUUCGACUAUUACGACCUGGCCUGCAGCACUGCGAUAUGUCAUGCGAAGUGUCGGCCAAAAUGAAGAAACCCAACUUCGUGUCCGUGGUUUGAUUCGAAGUCAACAUAGCCAUGAACAGCAAUGGUGGAAUGGCCGCCAGGCUCUUCUACAGCGGCAGCAGGCUCGAGGAGAUAAAAAGAAGGAGCUGGAUGAAGUCCUACGAUCUAUUGGUGCACCUGUUGAUUCUGCCAACAUAUCAACUGCUCAAGAAGACAAGGCAGAACUAAUGAACUAUGACUUCAAGAUUUACAAGGCGUCAGUGAAGAUGGCGGAUGCCUUGAUGGCGGAGUUACGUGGACUAAACAUCCCGUUCUUCGUUCUCAGAAAGGAGAUCCAGCCAUCUUCAUCAAAAGGCGAGAGUGAAGCUCUGGUGGAAGGACCACCAAAAUUGUCUGACUCCGAGCUUGCUGACUUGCAACGUCGCAUGCUGGAGCUACUAGAAGAUCUUUGCAAAGAAUGA